AUGGAUCUCUCAGACAUAGCAAGGAAGCUUGACCUCUCCGACUCCAAGCACGUCAUCCGCAGAGCCGCCGAGCUCCGCCGUCUCUGUGACAUCCAGUUUGACUCUUCUAUAAUCGGCGUCGGUGAGGUAUGCAAAGCUGUGAUUUGCUUAGAAAUCGCCGCAACAAGGUCGGGGCUUCUGUUCGAUCGGCAAAAGGCGAUAAGGUUGAGUGGGAUGUCUGAAAAGGCUUACACCAGAUCUUACAAUUCCAUGCAGAACGGUCUUGGGGUCAAGAACAAGCUGGAUGUUAGAGAACUAGCAAUUCAGUUUGGGUGCGUUAGGAUCAUCCCCUUUGUGCAGAAGGGUUUGUCUCUUUACAGGAGUCGGUUUCUUGCAUCACUACCAGCGUCUCGGCGGGCAAGUGCUGACUUCACUCGACCUGUCUUCAUUGCUGUGGCAUUCUACUUGUGUGCCAAAAAACACAAGCUAAAGGUAGACAAACUUAAGUUGAUUGAGCUCUGUGGUGCAUCUGAAUCUGAAUUCUCUUCGGUUUCUACUUCCAUGAAGGACUUGUGCUUUGAUAUUUGUGGGAUUGAAAAGGAAAAGAAAGAUCCCAAGGAUGUCGAGGGAAACCGAGAACUUCUAGAUGUUUUGCCAGAGAAAAGAAAACUUGAGGAUGGUGGUUAUUCAUCUGAUGAAGGAGCUGAGCCUUCAAGUUACAAGAAGCACAAAAAGAUGGAAAAGCACGCCUAUGAGGGUUGGAAAACCACUGUCAUUGCAUCAAAUAACCAAACCAAGGCAAAAGUUCUUUGCAAGCCCACCAGACAAACUCGGCUAGACUUUCUCAAGGACGUACCCGAUACCCAGAACUUGAAGGCUGUAUAG